CGAUGCGCAUGCGCGGCCGAUCUGCACAUGCGCAAUAUUCGCGCUGCCGCCGCUGUCCCUGCCUGGUUGAGGUGGCAGCAAGGGGCGGGACGCGCAGCGCUAUGGCCGAGGGCAGCGGGGAAGUGGUCGCAGUGUCUGCGACUGGGGCUGCCAACGGCCUCAACAAUGGGGCAGGCGGGACCUCGGCGACGACCAACAACCCGCUGUCGCGCAAGCUGCAUAAGAUCCUGGAGACGCGGCUGGACAACGACAAGGAGAUGUUAGAAGCUCUCAAGGCACUUUCAACCUUUUUUGUUGAAAAUAGUCUGAGAACUCGAAGAAAUUUACGUGGAGAUAUUGAACGUAAAAGUUUAGCCAUCAAUGAAGAAUUUGUAAGCAUUUUCAAGGAAGUGAAGGAGGAACUUGAAAGCAUAAGUGAAGAUGUUCAAGCAAUGAGCAACUGUUGUCAAGAUAUGACAAGUCGACUACAGGCAGCAAAGGAACAGACUCAAGAUUUAAUAGUAAAAACCACAAAGCUUCAAUCUGAAAGCCAAAAAUUAGAGAUAAGAGCACAAGUCGCAGAUGCCUUCUUAUCCAAGUUCCAACUGACUUCUGAUGAAAUGAGUCUUCUCCGAGGUACAAGAGAAGGACCCAUUACUGAGGAGUUUUUCAAGGCACUUGGAAGAGUAAAACAGAUUCAUAAUGAUGUCAAAGUUCUCUUGCGUACAAAUCAACAAACGGCAGGUUUAGAAAUUAUGGAACAGAUGGCCUUACUUCAAGAAACGGCUUAUGAAAGACUUUACCGAUGGGCUCAAAGUGAAUGCAGAACAUUGACACAAGAAUCAUGUGACAUAUCUCCAGUAUUGACACAGGCAAUGGAAGCCCUGCAGGACAGACCUGUCUUAUAUAAAUAUACCUUAGAUGAAUUUGGAACAGCCAGAAGAAGUACAGUUGUUCGUGGAUUUAUUGAUGCGCUCACAAGAGGGGGCCCCGGAGGUACACCUAGACCAAUUGAAAUGCACUCUCAUGACCCAUUGAGGUAUGUGGGAGAUAUGUUGGCUUGGCUCCAUCAAGCUACUGCUUCUGAAAAGGAACACCUUGAAGCUCUCUUAAAGCAUGUAACUACACAAGGUAUUGAAGAAAAUAUUCAAGAAGUUGUUGGGCAUAUCACUGAAGGUGUGUGCAGGCCUCUAAAGGUUCGAAUUGAGCAAGUAAUAGUUGCUGAACCUGGGGCAGUUUUAUUAUAUAAAAUUUCUAAUCUCCUCAAAUUUUAUCACCAUACAAUCAGUGGCAUUGUUGGAAAUAGUGCAACUACAUUGUUGACUACCAUUGAAGAAAUGCAUUUGCUAAGCAAAAAAAUAUUCUUCAAUAGCUUGAGUCUUCAUGCAAGUAAAUUAAUGGACAAGGUUGAACUCCCACCACCUGAUCUUGGACCAAGUUCUGCACUAAAUCAGACACUAAUAUUGCUGCGUGAAGUUUUAGCAUCUCAUGAUUCUUCAGUUGUACCAUUAGAUGCUCGUCAAGCUGAUUUUGUGCAGGUUUUAUCAUGUGUCUUGGAUCCUCUCCUACAGAUGUGUACUGUAUCAGCCAGCAACUUAGGCACAGCUGACAUGGCCACUUUCAUGGUCAAUUCACUAUAUAUGAUGAAGACAACAUUAGCUCUAUUUGAAUUCACUGACAGACGUCUGGAAAUGCUACAGUUUCAGAUUGAAGCACAUUUGGACACACUUAUAAAUGAGCAAGCCUCUUAUGUUUUAACUAGGGUAGGCUUGAGUUGCAUCUAUAACGCUGUACAGCAACAUAAACCUGAACAGGGCUCUUUAGCUAAUAUGGCCAACCUAGAUUCUGUGACACUGAAGGCUGCAAUGGUUCAGUUUGAUCGUUAUCUGUCAGCCCCAGACAACCUAUUAAUACCACAGCUGAACUUUCUUCUAAGUGCCACAGUGAAAGAGCAGAUCGUAAAACAAUCUACAGAAUUAGUCUGCAGAGCCUAUGGUGAAGUGUAUGCAGCUGUGAUGAAUCCAGUCAAUGAAUACAAAGAUCCAGAGAACAUUCUUCACCGAUCGCCACAGCAAGUGCAGACGCUUCUUUCCUGAUUAUCUUAUUUCAUUGUGUUAGCAAAAUAUGACCUGCCUAAAACACUGAAGGUUAUUUUUUAUUCUUUGAAUUUUUACUCUAAAAUUUGAUAGUUACAGUUUUCUUUGUGUCAUGAGAUUGUAAGUCCCGAUAAUUUUUUUUUUUUUUUGGUCUCAGUAACAUGGAAGUAAAUAACAUGUUGACCUGAGCUAGUAUUGCUGUGUAUCUACUCUAAAUAAGAUGCUCUAUUUUUUUUGCUAGCCAUCUCUCCAGCUCUGCAGUUUUCACUGUAUUCAAGAAGCAUAAAGUAAUAUGAAAGGUUUGAAGAAUUUUUUUUACAAGACUAGUAGUUCUAAAUUAACAGCAUAUAAAAAAUUUGUCUAAAUUUAAGAAUUAGUAUAAGGAUAUGACUUAAUAAAUGUCUCCUUACCUAAAGAUUCAUUUGUUUUCUUAUUAAUAUGAGUAGGUAUACUUAGUAGCUUUUCUGAACCUAGCCUAUGUCUCUGUCCCCAAAAUAGCUGCCCUUAAAGAGUUGUUAGAAGAGAGAAAAAUAACAGUGAAUUGUGCUUCUGGUGUAUAUGGCAGUGAAUCUCCUUUCUGUUCUACUUUAGCAUGCCAUAUAUAUUUGCAUACAUUUUUACACAAUUUUAAAUAUACACUCAGCAAUAAUGAGAAAAAAGGAGAGAGAAAAGUGAUUUAAACAGGGUGGAUUCCACUCUGUGGGAGCCCUCAAUGGACCUCAAGGCGGAACUCAGCCUUUCCAAUGAACUCUAAGCAUGUAGACAGCCUGAGCUGUGUCUAAGGCUGGUGUUUAAAGAUGGGUAUUUGUCAUACAAUAUGGGUCCUAAAUCCAACCAACUACACAUUUUAUCUGGUGUUCACACCAAGAAACAAUGAUCUACUCAAACAUUGGAGAAAAAUCUGCCAGAGAAAGGGUUGUCAAUUGGCGGUGUGUCUUAUCUCUAUGGUGUAACUGGACUCUGACUUUAGACCAUUACCUAUUAGGAAGAUUCAAAAUGACUGUGUUUUUAAAGGAAUAAAUCCCAGUGUGCCUGAUUUGACAUUCUUAUCAGCAAAAAAACUUGAUUUCUAGUAAAUCUAUAAAAAGGGGUAAGUCCCUAAAUUUCAAAUGAGAAAACUGAAGCACAAGGAAAAAAAUAACUAGUUUGAAAUAUUUUGAAAAGUAAUAACAUAAAACUAAUAUUUGUAGAAGAUUAUGUUGUAUAUAACAAAUUGGUAUUUAUAGAAUAUGACCUAUUUAUCUAAAGUUUAUAAUUGUUUAUACCUAAUACAAUUCUGUUUGGAGUAAGAAUGAUUAUAUAAUCAUUAUCCAUUUGGGUAUAAAUCUGUAUUUUUAGUUUUUUUUCCCUUUGAUUAGUAUGUGUUAUAUAUAAAAGACAGAAAAUAAAGUAUAAAUCAAGAACUUAAAUUUUAUAUAAUUUAUUUCUACAGUGAAAGAAGAUUGAUACCUUGUCAUGAGUAAAUUCCUUUGUUUUAUAGCAAAAAAUUUAUUGUGCUUUUUAGCUGGCUUUUUUUCAAAUAAAAUAUUACAAUA